GUUAUGUACUGAAUGGGUUGCUGCGUCAACGCAGCAGACGAUGCCUGCGCGGUCCUACGGAUAUUUUUGCAACGCCCGGGUCGAUAGAAGACGCCGAAAGCAUGAUUACGAUGGCGCGGAAAGGUGGCGAGCCCUGUAGCAGCAUUCUACGUCGCGAGACAAAACAGCAGCCGGUCACAAGGCUUGCAGUCUCAUAUAUCACGUGUUACGCACCUUAUCAAAUAUACACAACCUCUACUCCACGCGCAACAGAACUUCGAUCGCGGUUCGUAUAAAGCGCAGUCCUCUCGCACGCGAAACGCGCUGGUGGAAUAUUUACGCUCGUUGCAGUGCAGACGUACGAUGUCAGUGGUCAUGUCUCAGAGGGACGAAUUCAACAGAAAUGUCGAGGAAUGCUUCCAACAGAACAAGAAGCCCGGCGAGCCCGUUUUGGAGGAGGAAGAAUUCUCUCGUUUUCUUGCUCGCCUCUUCACAGACUACGAUGAAACGAAGACGAUCGCCGGGGUGAGCGCUAAAACGCAUCUUUUCAAACAAUUUGAUCUCGAUCACGACGGGAAAAUUAAUUUUACGGAGUUUGAGAAUAUGUGGACCAAAUGGGUUGCACCAGUUUUGUACCCAAAAAGUGCCAUUUUGGUGGUGGAUGUCCAGAAUGACUUCAUUUCGGGAACGCUCGCACUGAAAAAUUAUCCCGCUCAGGAAGAACCAGAAAAAAUUGUUCCGGUAAUCAACGACCUUACGGAAAAGUUGCCGUGGACAAUGGUCGUGUACACGUACGACUGGCACCCGGAGGAUCACGUAUCUUUUCACGACAACAGAAUGAAGCGUGCCGUGCACCAGAGCAGCAAAGUAAGAGCAGAGGAGGCCAAAGUUAUGGACGUCAUUCGGUACGUGGCACCCACUCUGGAAUCUGGGUACUACGAACAGGUCCUCUGGCCACGUCACUGCGUCCAGGGUACCUGGGGGGCCGAACUGCACGGCGACCUCGUCGUAAAAACUGGAAGCCACAAGAUUUUCAAGGGAGUCAACUCCGAGCUGGACAGCUACUCGGCGUUCUGGGACAACAGCAAGCUGGCGUCCACGACUCUGGACGCUGACCUGCGCGCCGCGGGUGUGACCGACGUCUACGUGUGCGGCCUGGCUACCGACGUGUGCGUCGGGUCGACCGCAUUUCACGCGCUCGAGCUGGGAUACCGAACGGUGCUCGUGGAGGACGCGAGUUGUGGCGUGGCACCGGAGGGCAUCCGCGACACAAAGUCGAGACUGCUCGACCAACAUGCGGUGAUCACGACGAGCGACAAGGUCCCGGGUAUGGUGGAUGCAACGACGAGACCAUUUGCCGCGGGUCUGAAGCUUGCCAGCUGCUUAGCAGCGUGAUUUGUUUGCGCAAAUAUGGGUCCAUUAUGUUAUAUGUUGCUUACGCGUGUGGUAGCAACUAUUACCUUUGCCACGCGUGCACUCUUCAAUUAUUGUUGAAACCGAUCGUCAUUGAACACGCACAUGGCGCCAUCUAGUGUGUCAUCAGGGAGCAUUGGAUUCGACACUUUUUGCAAAGUUGACACAUUACACGCUUGGUGGCGCCACGCGCAUGUUCAACGACCAUUGAAUGCAAUGGCCAUUGAAAACUGCCCGUGUUGCAGGGGUAUAUGUCGCAAUAGUUGUUCCACUAAGCUAGGUGUGCACAAAAAGAGAUUUCGACACGUAUUGUUCGCGUAACAAGCCUCAACAGCUGAGGCGGAUUUGAUUUUUGCACAAAAAAUGCUCAAUACCUUAGCGUUAUUUUUGGAGAAAAGAGUGCAAGGAGCAUUGCAACACCGUCUUUUUAAUUCCUCAACUGUUUAUUACUUCGUAGCGCUUAGCAUACAUAAAAUGUUGCGCUGAGCACGCAGAUCUAUAUACAUGCUUUCGUGUUACAUUUUCUGCAAUCAAAGUGCCUUUUUUGGUGAAGGUGGCCGCGUUAUGUGACAACACUGGUGCAAGUCAAGUUGUCCACGACCUGUGAUUUUAAGAGACUUUUCUCUAUCUGUUGGCAAUUGAUGUAUGAGGAUGGUGAUCAUUCUCUGAUCUCAAUAAAUCUCAAAUUUCGCCUGACAAAAUAGCGCCAGACGACAACA